UACGAUACUCAGAGGAGAUGCGUGGCACGAUGAGGCGGCGUUACGAGGAUGAUGGCAUCUCUGAUGAUGAGAUUGAAGGCAAGAGGACGUUUGACCUCGAGGAGAAGCUGUCCACCAACAAGUUUAACUCCACCUUCGUGGUCUUCAUGGAAGGCAAAGACUUCACAGUUGAAUACAUCCAGAGGGGUGGCCUGAGGGACCCUCUUAUCUUCAGGAGCUCCGAUGGCUUGGGGAUAAAGAUGCCAGACCCGGACUUCAGUGUGAAUGAUGUGCGGUUGUGCGUUGGGAGCCGGCGGAUGGUGGAUGUCAUGGAUGUGAACACCCAAAGGGACAUUGAGAUGUCCAUGGCACAGUGGGCACGUUACUAUGAGACACCAGAGGCUGAAAGGGAGAAACUUUACAACGUCAUCAGCCUGGAGUUCAGCCACACCAAACUGGAGAACCUGGUGCAGAGACCUGCUACGGUGGAUUUGAUUGACUGGGUUGAUAACAUGUGGCCCAGGCACCUGAAGGAGAGUCAGACAGAGUCUACAAACGCCAUCCUGGAGAUGCAGUAUCCAAAGGUGCAGAAAUACUGUCUGAUGAGUGUCAAGGGCUGCUACACAGACUUCCACGUGGACUUUGGUGGCACUUCUGUGUGGUACCACAUCCACCGAGGGGGAAAGAUCUUCUGGCUGAUCCCUCCUACACCCCAGAACCUGGAGCUCUAUGAAAACUGGCUUCUCUCAGGGAAGCAGGGAGACAUUUUCCUUGGGGACAGAGUGUCAGAGUGCCAGCGCAUCGAGCUCAAGCAGGGCUACACAUUUGUCAUCCCCUCAGGUUGGAUCCAUGCUGUGUACACUCCCAUGGACACGCUGGUUUUUGGAGGCAACUUCUUACACAGCUUCAACAUCCCUAUGCAGCUCCGGAUCUACAGCAUCGAGGACCGGACACGGGUCCCAAAUAAGUUUCGUUAUCCCUUUUACUAUGAGAUGUGUUGGUACGUGCUGGAGCGCUACGUCUACUGCAUCACCAGCCGCUCACAUCUCACCAAGGACUUCCAGAAGGAAUCACUCAGUAUGGAUAUGGAGCUGAGCUCCUCAGACUCGGUAAACAUGGAAGAGGAAGAGGAGGAGGAAGAGGAUGAGGAUGCAACAGGGAAGGAACCCAGGCGACCAGUCACGAGACGGUCCAUUCUCACCAGCCCCAUUGCCAACGGUGCCAACGUGGACUAUGAUGAACUGGGCAAGAGCUGCCGGAGCAGCCUGCCAGGUCUGAAGAAGACCCCUUCCAUAGACUCUUCUGACUCCAGCCGGGGCUCCCAGAACGGCCAGGCCUGUGAUCCCAAUGGAGGCAGCCCGCGCAAGAGCAGGAAGGUGCAUCUGACCCAGUUUGAGCUGGAGGGGCUGCGCUGCCUUGUGGACAAGCUGGAAUCACUCCCCCUGCACAAGAAGUGUGUUCCCACUGGCAUUGAGGACGAGGAUGCUCUCAUCGCUGACGUCAAG